AUGUUUGAAGAGCGACCGCUUCUGAGACACACAGUCGAGCCGUCAUCGUCGUUUGUCUCGCACGAGUUGAAUUCUAUGUCGAUGAUUUUGGUCAUGUCCUCGAGCAUGAUCGGCUAUCGCCCGCUGAAUCGAUCCCAUCUCUACUAUUGUCGGAGUGCGUUCGGUGUGCACAAUGAAGUGGUCAACAUUUGGACGCAUUUUGUUCCGUUUCUGAUGAUGCUCUUCAUCUACAUUUUGCCUGAACUUCAAUCCACAGAUCCAAGGCCUACACUAUUAUUGCUCUACUUUGGGAUUGCCACACUUGUUGGAUGUAGUACCGUGGCUCACACGAUGCACUCACGCUCUUAUUUGGAUCAUUUUUUCUGGUGGUGCAUCGAUUUCUCGGGAAUCGCCAUUUGGUCAAUGAGCGCAGGGAUCACAAGAUGGCAACUUGAAGAUCAUCGAGGAGAAUUUUUUGAUUGGGUGUUCCCGGUGCUUCUCGUCGUUCUUGUGGGUAUCCAAUUCAUCUCAACGUCUUUCUUAUUUGUCGCAUUCCCACAUUGGAAGUACAGGUUACAACUCACUCGGAUGUUGACGUGUUUAGUGGUUGCCAUCUAUGUGCAUUUACCGGGUGCUCUACAGCUAUUUAAAGCAUUGUUUGAGUGGACGUUCACCCCGCGUGAGUGGUUACAAUGGCAAGCGAUUAUUUGGUUGGCUGCAUCAGGGGUUUUUAUGGGAGCUGGCGUUCCGGAGCGUUGGUUUCCAGGACGAUUCGAUCUUUUGGGAUACGGACAUCAGUUGUUCCACGUAUGUAUCAAUCUGGUCAAUUGGAAUCUCAUUGAGGAGGCCCGAGUCGAAAUGGAAACCCGAACCACGCCGGUGAAAUCUGACAGAAUUCAAAUCGCGUCGAUGAUUCUUCUUUUCUCAACGGCAGCUAUUGGUUACAUCAACUAUUAUCUCAAAAAGGUUUGUUUU